GAUCAAGAAAAACCACCAAGAUAUGAGAUCCUAUCAUCCACGCAGCCUUCGCAGGAAAAUAUCCCGCCCAACGCUACCGAUAGUAUUUAGUUAUAUGUAUGAAUAAUUCUCCUUCCAGCCUCUUAAUCCUCGCUCCCUCGCUCUCUACUUUGAUCCCCAUCCAGAUAUCCACUUAAUCUGCAUGUAAUUAUUUCUAUUCAGCAUCCCAGUCGGCCGAGCCGUUAGUUAGCUAAUAAUCAUGACUUGCGAAAUUCUUCUGCCUCCGAUACGAGCACCAACGUGGCAGUCACCUGGGUGGUUAUAGAAGUGAUGUCUUGCGAGAGAGCCCUCGGUUUUGGUAACUAGUUAACCAACAAGCUAGCAAGCCGCGACGCCCAAGAAAAUGCCGAUUCGUCUCGCACGGUAUUCAGACCUGGAGGCAAUCUCCUCGACGCUUGCAGAGGGCUUCCAUGAAGAGGAGGUUAUGGGCCCUCUCCUACAUCCGCUACGUCGAGAAUAUCCAAGUGAUUAUUUGAACUAUUGGCGGCGGAAGUGCUGGGAGAAAUGGUGGAAUUACUCAUACGUCUUCAUCGUGAGCUAUAUAGAACAAGACGAGAAGCCAGAGGAGGUGAAUGAAGCAUCCUCGGAUGAUCGAAAAGAUGAUAGAAGCCCAGAAGAGCCUAGCAAGCCCCCAAGAGAGGUCAUAACCGGCGUUGCUCAGUGGCAUCGCAUGGGACCUGGCUGGGAGUCCGUCUGGAAGCCACUUGGCAAAUGGGAUCCAAGUAAGACUUUUGAUCAAGCUAUGAUCCAAUAGCCAACUAGUUAAGCUGUGUCAGAUGCUGAUUCUACCACUUACAGGACUUGUAAUAUCACCGUUGAUAUCGAUAUAUCACAAUUUUUUCCUGGCCUUGAUAACCCCCAACCGAGCUGCUUCUAGACCUCCUCAGCUCACUGAAGAGUCUGUCCGGCAAGCACUUAUCAGAGUUCUAGGGGCCCUGUAUGCAUCGCCUCCUCAUCGUCUGACCAACUGGUCCCUGAACUGUCUUGCUGUGCGGCCAAAAUACCAGA